AUGAAGUCCCUCCCUUACAUGGCGCUCUUGAUCACCAUUGCCUACGCUGCCGACGACCAAUGCGAUCCCGAUAGCGAUGGCAAGCCGGUGUGUCCGGCAAACUCGAAUGGUCAAACGUAUCGUAAUUUCUGGGAUCCAACACGUUAUUGGGUUUGUCGAGGUGCUGGUGAACCAACUUCUGAACGCUGUCCAAGCCAAACCGGUUAUAGUGGUACUACUAAUAAAUGUAUACCAUGGAUCGAUUGGGUGUGGGUACCGCCAUGCGGUUUGCAAUUAGAAUUGGAUGAUAUACAAAUGAGUAUCUAGACGCGGUGAAAAUAUUGCUGUUGAGCUUGUUUCUCCUCUAUACUUGAAUGGGAUUUUGUUAUGUUUUAUGCGUUUUGUAAAUAUAUUCAUUAAUAAAGACGAUC